AUGGCCCCGUAUGAAGCACUAUACGGGAGGAAGUGUAGGUCGCCGAUCGGUUGGUUCAAGGUCGGGGAAGCAGAGUUUCUAGGUCCUAAUUUAGUCCAGCAAACAAUGGAAAAGGUAAAACUUAUUAGAGACCGGCUGCAUACAGCACAAAGUCGGCAGAAGUCUUAUGUAGAUGUUCGACGACGAGACUUAGAAUUUGAUGUGGAAGAUUGGGUUUUCCUGAAAUGCAUUGGAGAUCCUUCAUGUAUUACGCCCAUUGUCGAUAUUCACAUUUCUGAAUACUUAUCUUACGCAGAGGUACCAAUAGCUAUUUUAGAUCGACAGGUCCAGUUAAGGACUUUGAUCGACUCCUCCACUAUGAUUUCGGGGUUCAACUGUGAGUUGAAAGAAAAUGUUGCAUUUGCGGUCCCACUUCUACGGAAAAAUGUUGCAUCUGUGACUUAUCCGCAUCUGCGGUCCUAUGACCGCAUUUGCUGUACUGCAUCUGUAGAAAAUAUACCGCAUAUGCUGUUCCUGGAGAAAUGGCCAAAAGUUUGCUUCUGCAGUGUAAUAGCCGCUUCUGCGGCUCCGCAUCUGCGGUCCCCAAACUGCAAAUGA